GUCUCAACAAACUCUUCAUCUCCUCAGUUGUCAAAAUGGCGGGCGAAGGAUCAGCAAGUGUUAAUCCAAAUGCAGAAAUUGUGCGUGGACAAGUGUUUGAAGUUGGUCCGAGGUACACUAAUCUCGCCUACAUGGGGGAAGGUGCCUACGGAAUGGUUGUAUCCGCUUACGAUAAUGUGACGAAGACGAAAGUAGCUAUUAAGAAAAUUUCGCCGUUCGAGCACCAGACGUACAGCCAAAGGACUCUGAGGGAAAUCAAAAUACUCACGAGGUUUAAACACGAAAAUAUCAUAGAUAUAAGGGAUAUCCUCCGGGCGCCAACAAUAGACCAAAUGAAGGACGUCUACAUCGUCCAAUGUCUGAUGGAGACAGACUUGUACAAAUUGCUGAAGACCCAGGGGAUAAGCAAUGAUCACAUAUGUUACUUCCUUUACCAAAUACUGCGAGGAUUGAAGUACAUACAUUCGGCUAAUGUACUCCACAGAGACUUAAAACCGAGUAAUUUACUGUUGAAUACCACUUGUGACCUUAAAAUAUGUGACUUUGGCCUUGCCAGAAUCGCUGAUCCCGAUCACAAUCACGCUGGCUUCUUGACUGAGUACGUCGCGACGAGGUGGUACAGAGCUCCUGAGAUUAUGUUGAAUUCCAAGGGAUACACAAAGUCAAUCGACAUUUGGUCAGUCGGCUGCAUUCUCGCCGAGAUGCUGUCAAGACGAGCAAUAUUCCCUGGCAAACAUUACUUAGACCAGUUAAAUCACAUUCUUGGAGUUCUCGGGUCGCCUUCACCCGAGGACCUUGAGUGCAUCAUAAAUGAGAAGGCACGUAGUUACCUCCAGUCAUUGCCGUACAAACCCAAGGUGCCAUGGACCUGUCUCUUUCCAAAUGCUGAUCCACGCGCACUCGAUUUACUCGAUAAAAUGCUGACAUUCAAUCCCAAUAAACGCAUUGUCGUAGAGGAUGCACUGGCGCAUCCGUAUCUUGAACAGUAUUAUGAUCCUGCUGAUGAGCCCGUGGCAGAGGAACCCUUCACAUUCGACAUGGAGCUGGACGAUCUUCCAAAAGAAGCACUGAAACAGUUGAUAUUUGAUGAGACAACUCAGUUCGCACGAAACCAAGAGAAUGCCAUGUAGUCGUACAUGCCAAUCACAUAACUGACGUGUAUCUACGACUCAGACACACCAAAGCGCAGAAUUGAUGAUCAACCCGCCCCAAAUAAGAGAAUCAAGGUUUAUCAUUAAUCAACUUCGCCGAAACGAUGAUACCACAAAGUUUAUUGAAAUGAAUUUUUAAAUGUUCCAAAAUUACUCUUGGACAGCUGUUGUGCGUGUGUGUAGGGGGGAGGCUUUCCAAUUUUCCACCUCAAGCUGAUGAUUUAUUUUCAAAAUUCUGUGAAGAGGAGACAGAUGGAGGAAUAGAGAAAAUAACACUGGAGGACGAUAUAUAUA